CGAUGGAGGGGGUGCUCGCAUUGUCUGUCGGGACGGUGGCGGUGCGUGAAUGUCUGCCGUCUGUCAGAAACGCUCGCUGAUGCCCAUUAAGGCUUAUUAGAGUAUGAAGUAGACCCGUACUGGAGAUAGAUUCGCAAGCGGCAGUGAUCCCUUUUCUUCCUUCCUUCAUUCGUUGAGUUUCUGAAACGGUAAGACUAACCGACCCUAACUAACUAGAGCAAGCGCUUGUUGCGUUCAGCCGGCGAGAGGAGGAGAGGAGUGGCGGAUCGGCGAGGAGGCGCACGGCGCUUGAUCGCAGAGCCAAAGGCGGCCGAUGACUUCGGAGAGCAGCAGCCAAGCGCAACAGAAGGAGGAGGUCGAGCCGGGAUCAGUCGCCCGAGAUCAAGAGGAGAAAACCGGCGAGGACCAAGGCGGCAUGGUGACCACCAAGGGGGCCGGUCUGAAUCCCAAUGCUAAAGUGUGGCAGGAAAUGUCUGCACCAACCACCCAGGCUCCAGAGGCAGCCACGGAGACGUGCCAUUGGCCACAAGCAGAUACUGUCUCCACCGAAGAGUCGGAAGGUUUCAAGGAGUAUGGUGUUGGCUAUGGUGACUCUGAGUCAGCCCCUCCUAUUGAGAACAGCAUGUUGAAUGGCAUGGAGUCCACAGAACUGGCUUACCCACUCUUUGAACCAGUGGAGGGUGAGAUGGUCGAGGAGCAGCCUCCGCUGUCUGAAGAGAGUCUGAAGGAGUCACUGAAGAAGCAGCUAGAAUUUUGCUUCUCAAGAGAGAAUCUCUCCAAGGACCUUUACCUGAUGUCUCAGAUGGACAGUGAUCAGUUUAUCCCUAUUUGGACUAUUGCAAGUAUGGAGGGGGUCAAACUGCUGACUACUGAUAUGGACCUGAUACUUGAGGUGCUACGAGCCUCUCCCAUGGUGCAGGUGGAUGAGAAGGGUGAGAAGGUACGGCCAAACCACAAGCGAUGCAUCAUCAUCCUCAGAGAGGUUCCUGAGACCACACCUGUAGAGGAGGUGGAGGCCCUGUUUAAAAGUGAGAAGUGUCCGCAGGUUAUCAGUGUGGAGUUUGCACACAAUAACAACUGGUACAUCACAUUCCAGUCUGACACUGAUGCUCAGCAGGCCUACAGAUACUUGCGUGAAGAAGUCAAAACCUUUCAGGGCAAACCAAUUAUGGCUCGAAUCAAGGCCAUAAACACGUUCUUUGCUAAGAACGGUUAUGGGGCCGUAGACUCUGGGGUUUACUCCACUCCGUCACAGUACUCGUCUCCAGUUUACCUGCAGCAGGUGUACCAGCCUCCACAGCAGUACCCUGUCUAUAGCCUCCUGCCACAGACAUGGACCCCCUCACCGACCCCUUACUUUGAAACGCCACUGGCUCCAUUUCCCAACAGCACAUUUGUUAAUGGCUUUGGCACAGCAGGAAACUACAAAACUGGCUCCUCUCCAAUCAGCCUUACGCGCAACUACCCCCGCAACCGACUUCCACUUUAUUCCCGAAAGAAUGUAAUCAAUGCCUUCAGGAAUCAUGUAAAGCCACAGCCUCGUGCUGACGUGUGUCAGCUGACAGAGACUUCGUCAGGUACCGGUAGUCCCCAGCCUCCAUGCACCCCUACUUCAGACACCACUGCCUCCACCCUCACCCCGCUCUCUGAACCGCCAGCAUCCCCCAGAGAGAACCACCACUCAGACUUCAGCAGCCGGGCCAGGAGAGGAAGCUAUCGUGGCAUUAGGAGGAGAAGAGAAGAAGAAAGAACGAGGCAGAAUCCUGAAUCAGAAGUGAAAGCUCCACCCCCUAAUUUCGACCUCGCAACCACUAACUUCCCGCCAUUGCCAGGAGGUGUCCCGAGUCGUCUGCCAGGUGUGACCGUGCAAACUGAGUCUGUGUUGGAAAAUCGCAUGGCAGAUGUUGUUAAGGGCAUCAGCAGGGACAAGCCGGAAACAAGUAAGCAAGACGUCAGUCAAGAUCCUGGAACAUGUCCAGCGGAAGCUCAAUUGACUGGACCAUCUACUCCAGCGCCAAAGCUUCCUGCCACAAAACAGGACACGCCUACCACUAGUACAUCAAAUCAAGUGAAGAGACCUGAGAAAGAGGUUCAGGUCUCUGACGCACCUCCAGACCUUGCAUCGGUGACUACAAAGCACGUCCAGCCCAUUUCUGCCCCCAAACCUUCACGCAGCCAAUCAAGCACUUCAAGCACUGCAUCUACACCGCCUGUCCCAGCAAGCGCAACUGUCCAGGAGCCUCGGAAGCUGAGCUAUGCGGAGGUGUGUCAGAGGCCACCCAAAGACCCUCCCCCUGCACCGGCAGCCCCGCCCAGCCCCAGUCCCACACCUUCUCCCACCACAAACCAACCACUACGUGAACUUCGCGUCAACAAAGCGGAAGGCCCAGCCUCAUCCCGCUGCAGUCCUGGUGAGAAACUGGAGAAAGGAAACGAGAGUCGGACGCCCAGAGAGCAGACUGGCUACCAACGUGGUAACGGCCCCAGAGGGACAGGUUUUAAGCUCAGAGAACAACAGAGACGGCCUCUACAGGGUCGGCGCUCCUCUCCACAGAUGGGGUACAACAGACGCAGUGGAAAAGAACAAAACAUCCCACCCAGAUCACCAAAGUAAUGCCUCGUAUGCCCACAACACACGUGCACACUUGUGUGUAUGCUUAGAUACACAACUUAUAUAUGAAAGUAAGAGUAUAUAAAUCUUUAUAUGUAUAAAUAUCUAUAUAUAAAUCUACAUAUGAAAACUGGACUGUCGCACUGUGGUGUCAAAGAACCCUCUGCUUCCCAAAUGACUGUGAUAUCUGGGAAGUUGUUCCUUAAAAAUACAGAGGAAAUCUAGGAAUUUAAGGAAGACAAAAAACCUCUUACACUUGAAAGGAGAAAUGGAGGCUAUGCUUCCUGUGUUGUCUGUGAUUUACAGCAAUUAAUUAGCUUGUGAAUGAGUUUUGAUUUUACUUGGAGUGUUUAAGGUCCUGGCACUAGUGUACAAUGCUGUUCUUUUAUAUAUAUAUAUAUAUAAUAUCUAUAAAUGAUAGUAGUGCUGUUGGUGAGAAAUCAAGCCAGCACAUGUUCUCCAUAUGCAACAGAUCACACAAAGACAGCAUGGCAACACCCCACCGGUCCAUGAGUCACCAGUGUGUGCGGUUAUUUCUUUUUUUUUUUUCUUUUUUUUCACUUCCUAUGUUUGCACCAGUCCUAAAAGGGGCUGGGGAAAAAAUUUGAUUCAGAUGUGAUGCUUUUAAAAAUGAUCGAUGCACAGUGAUUCAUAAGUGUUCUUUAACUUAUUCAAAAUGUGCACAAGAUGAAACAUAAUAUAUUGAUACAAGGUUCCCACAGUCCUGGAAGACCAGGGAAUUUUAAAAUUGAGAUUUGGAGACUAGGAAAAGUGAGUCACAUCACCAUUAUAAUACUUCAGAUAGAAAUUACUUUAAUAUGAUGAGUCUGAUUUUAAAUUAUUUCUAAAAAUGUAUUUACCAGAACAUGGUGGAAACUUGUUGAUAUUUGGCAUGUCUUUUAAAAAAACUCUCAAGCAGGUAUUAAGGGUUUCACAUGAUUCGUAAAGCGAAUCAGUUGUGCACAUAUGCCAUUGUAUUGUAAUUGCUUCGUGACUGAAUCAAAAUGAAUGAUUAUGAGGUGCCUAUAGAUUCCCACCCCAGUCUAAAACUGGAAGACAAGUGUGUGUGUGUGUGCGUUGUUCAGACAAAGGAAGAGGAAAAUGUGUAGGUUUGAAGGACACCGUGAGAAUUAACAAGAAGUUUGUCAUAAUGCCGAACGGAUAAAAUAGUACUAGACAUCCAUUGAAAAAAAGAUUUGGACAUAUUGCGGUGUAUAUUCAAGGUGAUUUUUGAGUUGGUGGUGUUCUGUAUAAUGUCGUAAGGUGUCAUGUGUGAUGUCCAGUGUUUCUGAAGGCUGGGUCUGUCAGUAACCGAAAGAUCAAGCUGCUUUUUUUUGAAAGAAUGAAUAGAAAUCAUCAGUGUACAUGAGUAAAACCACAGUUUGUCUUCCUUUCCCUUGGGAGUGCAAGUCUUGUUAGUGUUUUCUAGUGAUCAGGUUAUUUGUAGUGUCUGCUUUUGACAAUUUCUGUUUUCUUUUCUUUUAUUUAUUUUUUCUCCCUCUGCUGUAGAUGCUGGUGACAAUAAUCAGGUUGGAUUUUAUGCUCUGUUAGUGUGCUGCUUCAGAAUCACUGUUCAUGUCCAGUCUGUGAUAGAGUCAGUCUGUGUUUUUCUUCGUAUGUUUGUUUAAUGAUAAUCUGUAUGUGACGCUUGCGUUUAUGCCUGUACAUUUUCAGGUAUGAUUACAUGUAAUAUACCUGCUACAGCACUCAUAAUGUACCUGUCAUCCAAUCUCAUGUCGACUUUGGUAAAAGAGAGGGAACUCAGGACCUCAGAGGAAAUCGGUGAUGUUUAUGACUGCUAAUUUUGUCCAAUGCAUUCUGCUGGAUUCUUUUUUUUUUUUUUUUUAUUGGUAGCCUUUUGAAUUCAGUAACCACAUUAAACUGUUUAGUGGUCUUAAGUUUCAGUUAAUAAUGUAUAUUUGAAUGUUUUAAAUGUUUAAUCAGCGACACUGUAAUGCAUGAUUCUCUCCUCAAUUUGUUUUUCCUCCCCUCCUUAUAGUCUCAUUCACAUGUAUGGAUAGGCUGUGCACAGAUCCAGACCAAAGUCAAAUCAGCAGAGAGACAAUCUCAGGAAGUGCUGUUUAAAUGCAGCAGCUCCUCCCUCACUCCUCUCUUAUCAUUCUGCCAAGGGCAGGGCCACCGUUGAAUGAGUGAGUGGUUAAAAUCAUGAUUAUGUUGGUUAGUGAGUUGAACAAUGUAUGUUUUAGUUUUAUGAAACUUGUGUGUAGAACCUUAUAAAGGUGUCCUAUGAAUAAUUUCUCAAAAUCCCCAACUUUCUAUUUGACUGUUUUAGACAAAAGGAUGGAGGGAAAGUUCAUGCAUCAGUUUUGUUUUGUUUUAAUUUAUUUUGUUUUAAAUUGUCUGUUUCUUUAACUUUCUUUAGUGUGGCUUUCUUGCCCUAACGUGUGUUAUUAGUUUGAGAUGUUUUCAGAUUUUUGUUUUCUAUAUUUGGCAAUAUUAUCCUUGGGCGCAAAUUAUUUUGAAACUGUGCCACUUAAAUUAGAAAAAUCAGUGGACCUGGUUUUAUUUUUUUAUUGUUUUAUCUGAAUUAAUGGAUUUGAUUCAUAACUGGUUGGUGAAAUGAAAUGUAUUAUGUUUUGUUGCUAAUCUCAUAACCUGUGUAGGCUGUAAGCUUUUUAGACAUGAAAUGGUGCAGUUACGAGUAGCAAGUCUUUAGCCAAAAAAACAAAAAAGAAAAACAAGUAUUGACCUUUUUAAUUAUAUAGGGGGGUAGACAUAGCAACUGCUGAGUGAAGUGUUUUGGAUGAUAUUGUAGAUGUUCAAUGAAAGAAAAAAAAAAAAAAUGCUAAAGGAAAUGAAAGAAAAAAAUAAAUGAUAAAAUGAUUUUAA